GAGGCACAUUUUCUUAACGUUACACUGCGACGUCGACUGACGACUGCACAGCAACGACACCACAUUAAAGACCGAUGUCCCCUCGUCGCAAGCCGGGUCGUGUUUCAUACAGUUUUUAGUAACCAGCCUGCGCAAAGGGAGUAGCAUUUAGAGUAAGUUCGCUAACAUUAGCACAUUAGCGUCAGCAACUGACUCGCUGCCAAUACAAGUUAAGCUCAAGUAGCAGCUAGCUGCUAAGUUAGCUAGCGAGCCAGCUCACCCAUGGCUGGACACGGCUCGUGUUUGGGCAACUAAAGACACGCAAUGUGUUGACAUGUCACCGGUUACCUGUUUAUUAUAGACCCGAUAAGCUGAGGUAGCUCCUUCGUUUCAAACGCGGUGUACGAAGCUGAUAACAGCGGCCGAACCGCCGCAGUCCAUUCGUGUUCCCCAUCUCCUCCGCUCGACGCCAUCUUGAACUCCCAUAGAAGAGACGGUGAAGAUUUGACAGACAUCUGAAAUCUGAGCAGCAACCAUGUGAAGAAGUCUAGUCUCCUUCAUCCCAAUUUCUGACUGCGUAAACAAAAGGGGGCAGCACCGUCCAAUCACUAUGUGAGAAGGAAGCACGUUGACUUCCGGCUUCCUCCUUUUCUUGAAGAACAAACUAAAGCUACUGCUGCAAUGGCAAAGCUAAUUUGGUUUUGUCUGAAAUGUAUCCUGUUAUGCAGCACUAUCGAGGCUGUGUUUGAGGAUCAAGUAGGGAAGUUUGACUGGAGGCAGCAAUAUAUUGGCAAGGUUCGCUUUUCCCAUUUCGACACACAUGUGCAGUCAUCAAAAAAGGUGCUUUUGGCAACUGAGAACAAUGUUUUCGCUUCAAUCAAUACCAGGACUGGAGAACUCUUCUGGCGACAUGUGGAUAUGACUGGGCCCGAGGGAAACAUUGACGCUCUUUUGCAACAUGGACAAGAUGCGGUGUUGGUGGUUGGUGAUGGCCGCCAGCUGCGCUCCUGGGACAUAAAUAUUGGGGGUUUAAACUGGGAGAUUGUGCUGGACUCUGGCAGUUUCCAGUCCGCAUGUUUAGUUGGAUAUCAAGACACCGUGAAGCACGUGGCUGUUUUAAAGAAAACUGUCAUCUCUCUCCAUUACCUUUCUAAUGGUCAUCAAAAAUGGAUCGAGAAUCUACCGGAAAGUGAAACAGUGGAUUUCCAGGCUGUUUAUUCUGGUGGAAAUGGUGAAGUGUAUGUGCUGGGAGUUGUUCCUCAUUCCCAUAUUGCAAUUGUUGCUUACAGUUUGGAUGAUGGAGAGAUAAUCAAGCAGAUCUCAGUGGAAGCUCCGUGGCUGUCCAACAUACAGGCCAGCUGUGUAGUGAUCGGCCAGGGGAUGUUGACAUGCGUGGACUCAGCAGCUGUAUCCCUGUACACGCUUGACUUGCAUGUGCAGUCACAGAUGACCCAGAUCCCCCUGCAGUCUCUGGGACUUGAAGCCACUCCCGGCUUCCAACCAGUCCUGGUGUCCACCCAGCCCAACCCAGCUCGCCCGCCGCUGUCAGAAUUCUUCCUUCAGCUCGGGCCAGAACACCACCUGCUUCUCCAGCUCAACAGUGGUCAGAUAGUUACACUGAGAGACUUCAAGCCUGCCAUGCUGGUUUCAUUUGCUACCCCUGGAGAGAAGACUGUUGCUGCUGUAAUGUCACCCAAGAACAAAACAGCUUGCAGUCUUAACCUCUUUAGUGCAGAAAGUGGACGCAGACUUCUAGACACAACACUGAUUUUUAAUCUGGAUCCUAAUGGUGGGAAACCAGAGAAGCUGUAUGUACAAGCAUUCCUCAAGAAAGACGACUCUGUUGGCUACAGGGCCAUGGUGCAGACCGAAGACCACACGCUCACGUUCAUACAGCAGCCAGGGCGUGUGAUGUGGACGAGAGAGGAGGCCCUCUCAGAUGUGGUGACAAUGGAAAUGGUGGAUCUGCCUCUCACAGGAACGCAGGCAGAGCUGGAAGGAGAGUUUGGCAAAAAGGCCGACGGCCUGCUGUCCAUGUUGCUGAAGAGGCUCUCCUCUCAGCUCAUCUUGCUGCAGGCCUGGAUCGCCCACCUCUGGAAGCUGUUCUACGAUGCACGGAAGCCUCGCAGUCUAGUCAAAAAUGACGUGACCAUUGAGAACCUCUCCAGAGACGAGUUCAACCUCCAGAAGAUGAUGGUCAUGGUUACUGCAUCUGGGAAGCUCUUUGGUAUCGACAGCAAGACCGGCACAAUUUUAUGGAGGCACUACCUGGACAACAUCCCAUCUAAUGCAGCUUUCAAACUAAUGGUGCAGCGGACCACUGCCCACUUCCCUCACCCGCCACAGUGCACACUGCUCAUCAAAGACAAGGACACUGGCCUGGCCACACUCCAUGUGUUUAAUCCCAUCUUUGGAAAGAAGAGUCACGUCACCCCACCUGCUCUGCUUCAGCCGAUGCUUCAGUCCCUCAUGCUGCCGAUCAUGGACCAAGAGUACGCUAAAGUCUUACUCCUUGUUGAUGACCAGUACAAGGUGUCUGCGUUUCCCUCUACAAAGAAUGUACUUCAGCAGCUCCAGGAGAUGGCCUCGUCCAUCUUCUUUUAUCUUGUUGACUCCAACCAGGGAAAACUUUCUGGCUACCGACUGCGAACGGACUUGUCGACUGAGCUGAUCUGGGAGAUCGUCAUGCCAACCGAGGUACAGAGGAUCGUCUCGGUCAAAGGGAAAAGGCCCAAUGAGCAUGUGCACUCCCAGGGCAGAGUAAUGGGAGACCGUAGUGUCCUCUAUAAGUACCUAAAUCCAAAUCUGCUGGCUGUGGUGACCGAGAGCACAGACUUGCAUCCGGAGCGAAGCUUCAUCGGGAUCCUUCUGAUUGAUGGUGUGACUGGUCGCAUCAUCCAUGAGGCUGUUCAGAGAAAGACUAGAGGACCAGUGCAUGUUGUGCACUCUGAAAACUGGGUGGUGUACGAGUACUGGAGCACCAAGUCUCGCAGGAACGAGUUCUCUGUCAUUGAACUGUAUGAAGGGAUGGAGCUCUACAACAGCACUGUGUUCAGCUCACUGGACCGGCCACAUGCUCCUCAGGUGCUUCAACAGUCUUACAUUUUCCCCUCCUCCAUUUCUACCAUGGAGGCCACACUGACCGAGAAGGGCAUCACCAGCCGCCAUUUGCUCAUUGGCUUGCCAUCUGGAGGGAUUUUGUCAUUACCCAAGAUGUUCCUCGACCCUCGGAGGCCAGAAAUAAUGUCGGAGCAAAGCCGGGAAGAGAACCUGAUACCGUACGCGCCUGAGCUGCUCAUCCGUUCCGAGUGGUUCAUCAACUACAAUCAGACUGUAUCCAGAGUGCGAGGAAUUUACACUGCCCCGUCUGGACUAGAGUCAACCUGCCUGGUUGUGGCAUAUGGUCUCGACAUCUACCAGACGCGCGUCUAUCCCUCAAAGCAGUUUGACGUACUGAAGGACGACUACGACUACAUGCUGAUCAGCAGCGUUCUCUUUGCACUUUUCUUCGCGACCAUGAUCAGCAAACGCCUGGCAGAAGUCAAACUGCUCAACCGGGCCUGGCGGUAAAGUAAUCGUCAAAAUCCCAUCUCUUGCAGCCCGGAGGCUGCACUAAGGACCUCAGCCCGAGGAGAUGAGGCGGCUGAGGCAGUGCCUCUAGAAGAACACAGGCCAAAUUAAAUAAGGCCCAUAAGGAACUGCGGAGGUGAGGCGACGGUGGGGAGGGGGUGAAAGGAGGGGUUAGUAGAGGUUUUUAUGUGUUUAUUUUUUAACUUAUUUUGCAAGCACAAGGAUUAAUUUCAUGAUAGAAUAACUGUUGUUUUUUUUGUGCCAUGUAAUUGUUUAACGCAAAACUAAUUACAAAUGAAUGAAACAGGAUUUAAUAAAAAUGUGGAGUUUGGAAAUUCCCACACAUGUGAAAGUUAGAUACUAAAGCAAUGCUAGUUUUCUUCCCCCAAGAUUACGUUUGUGACAUUUCUGCUUCAUUAGACUUCUCUAAUGGAGAGCGAUGGCAUUUGUGGAGCUCAGCGAAAACAAGCAACUUGUCAGCAUGAAUUUUAAAUUGAAAUCUUGCAGAAUCCCCCUGAUGAUAAAUGAACUGUGAGCAGAUAAUGCAGAAUGACCAACAAAUGGUUAUUUGUGCUUUCCCGAUGACUCCCAGCACAGUCAGUCGCACUGUUUUCACCGUCACAUGCUUGAAAAUGACCAUCAGUAACCUUGAUGUUAUGUCCAUCAAUCAUCCUGCAGCUCGUGCUGUGUGAGCAGUUUUGAUCCACUGUCGGCUUCUGUUGAUGCUCCAUUAAAAUUUGUCACAGAA